CAAAGCCCCCCAGCACCCCUCCUACAACAACCCCUCUCCAGCUCGAGCACAGAUCUUGCAGCUGCGCAUCACGCAGACGACUCGAUGAUGCUAUGGAUGGAUGAAUGCAUGGAUGUAUGGAAAAGUAGAUCGCGGGUAAUUGGUUACAGCAGGUGUGUUUUGUAUAGAUCUCUAUAGCUGCUUGCAAUAUUCAGGACCGACGCUACGGAUUUUACGUAAGACGCGCCGUUACGCUGGGUGCAGCAUCCGUCCAUCUGUACGGCCACGACGCGAAUGAGCUGCAUGCAUGCCAUCAACGAAAAUGCGCGCAUGAAUUUUUUACAGCCUUGUAUCGCGGUUAACCGAAUAGCGAUCGAUAUCACAGUUCACGUCGAUAGCGUCGUGUCUUUUCGUAUUGCGGCGGUUUCAUUUGUUCUGUAUAAAUUGAGCGUUAUUCCGCGCGCCAGUGACGCGCUCUCGCGCUCCGGGUCUGUGGGAGAGACACAGCAUCAAUUGAAGAGCGCAAAACAUCAUCAGGAGAUCCGUCGAAAUAAGAGAAGGUUGCCACAUGGAAAUGUAUGAUGCGGAUUUGGAUAAUGCCAUAUAGACGCAUGAGAGAAGAACGUGCUGACUCUCACUAAAGCCAAUGCUGACUGUGACCAUUCUGAUGGAAAGCAGAAGAUUCCCAUAGCAGCAUCCAGUGCUGUUAACAAACACGUGGAUUUACACUUUGAUGCCACAAGUUACCUGAUUACCUGAAGUUAAUAGAAAGGGGCAGGACAUGACCCAAUUGCCAUGCAGGCUGCUAUGGUAACAGGCUUUUCCAGCCCCUCCCCCCUCAUCUGGUUGGUCCAACUGUUAUUGUGGCCAACCCUCCUUGGACCUAGAUUGGCUGAGGCGAGUCCUAGCUGCCCUCCUCCCUGUAGCUGUUCGAAUCAAGCCAGUCGAGUGAUUUGUACCAGAAAAGGCUUAAAUGAAGUUCCACAGAGUAUCUCAUUCAAUACUCGAUACCUCAACCUACAGGAGAACUCCAUACAGGUGAUCAAGUCGGACACCUUUAAGCAUCUAAGUCACCUGGAGAUUUUGCAGUUGUCUAAGAACCAGAUCCGUCAAAUUGAGGUCGGAGCGUUUAAUGGCCUUCCCAAUCUCAUCACCUUGGAGUUGUUUGACAACAGACUGCCACUGGUUCCAUCACAGGCCUUCGAGUACUUGAGUAAGCUACGUGAACUCUGGCUGAGAAACAAUCCCAUAGAGACGCUCCCAGCGUACGCUUUCCACCGUGUGCCAUCGCUGCGGCGAUUAGAUCUUGGCGAGCUGCGGAAACUAAGCUUCAUCUCGGAGGUGGCAUUCGAUGGGCUGGAGAACCUACGUUUCCUGAAUUUGGGCAUGUGUGGGCUUAAGGAUGUACCCAACUUGACACCCCUCGUGCGUCUAGAGGAACUGGAGCUAUCAGGAAACCAGCUGGGCGUGGUACGGCCCGGAUCAUUCCAAGGCCUCGUUUCCUUGCGUAAACUGUGGCUCAUGCACUCUCGGAUUUCCGUCAUCGAGCGGAACGCCUUUGACGAUCUUAAGAACCUGGAGGAGCUCAACCUAUCUCAUAAUUCUUUGCACUCGCUGCCCCACGACCUCUUCACCCCGCUGCAGCAGUUGGAGCGUGUUCAUCUGAACCACAACCCUUGGGUCUGCAAUUGCGACGUUCUGUGGUUGAGCUGGUGGCUGAAAGAAACCGUACCCGAUAACUCCACGUGUUGCGCACGUUGUCACGCGCCACCUGGCGCUAAGGGCAGAUACAUCGGAGAUCUCGACCAGCGAGACUUCACCUGCUACGCACCCGUGAUUGUGGAGCCGCCGACUGACCUGAACGUGACGGAGGGAAUGGCCGCUGAGCUUAAAUGCCGCACCGGGACAUCGAUGACUUCCGUUAACUGGCUGACCCCGAACGGUACCUUAAUGACCCACGGUGCGUACAAGGUCCGAAUCUCUGUCCUGCACGACGGAACCCUGAACUUCACCAACGUGACCAUGCAAGACACAGGCCCAUAUACCUGUAUGGUGACCAACUCUGCGGGCAAUACCACCGCAACAGCCGUGUUGAACGUUUCUGCGCCCGAUCCAGGCAAUGGCUACAGCUACUUCACAACCGUGACAGUCGAAACCGUAGAGUCGGGGCAAGAGGGUCACGAUUCGGCCCGGCAGUUUGUCACCGAGACCUUUAUUAGUUUUCCGGGACCGACGGCCGCAUCUGCUUCGCCGGGUCCAACCGGCUCCAUGCUGUCCUCCCUCUCACCCAGAGCCACACGUGCACCCGAUCACCCGUACACCGUCUCCAUCACAGACGUCGCCAACCUGUCGGGUCUCGAGGACGUGAUGAAGACGACCAAAAUCAUCAUCGGCUGCUUUGUGGCCAUCACCUUCAUGGCCGCCGUGAUGUUGGUCGUCUUCUACAAACUUCGCAAGCAACACCAGCUGCACAAACACCACGGCCCGGCACGUGCCAUUGAGAUCAUUAACGUCGAAGAUGAGAUCGGAUCUGGUGGUGGAGCUAGCGGCAUCGCGGGAGGGGGCACCGUCCAUGCGGGAGUAGGAACAGGCGGAGGUGGCCAGAGUCCGAGAAUGCACGAACCCGAGAUCAUGACCCUGCCUAGUGUUGGGCAACCCGAUCACCUGAACCACUAUUACAAAGCUCAUCACUUCAACAACAACAUUCUGGGCUUGAACAUGUCCUCUGGAAUGCUUAACAACAAACCCAACCAAUCCUCCCAGAAUCAGGCUCCAACCAUGAAAAUUUGCGAUGGCUCGACUUCACCUCCCCUGCCGAUUCCCAUUCCCAUGGCGAUGACGUUCCACGGAACUCUGAAAGGUCUCAGUCACGGUCCCAACAUGCAGACUGAGCCACUUUUGCUUUCCAACGGUUCCAAGGAGAGCGUUCAGGAGACACAGAUCUGAUCGCGCACACACACACACACAGAAAGGAAGGCAGACUGGUUUGUAUGCCAGCGUGACUGUCAACGUCUCUGACAUGAUGGAAGUCCGUUUCUUUCCGACAGAUUCUAUGGAAUAUUCCAUUCAAUGAACAGAGAGACAGGCUUUUACAGACGAAGUGGACAUGGCGCUACUGAGUACAUACGUGCCAAAGCAAGCGUCUUUUUUGCAGUUCCUAUGAGUUGUGUCCUCGUAUAAAAUAUAGUCUAUAUUAAAGUAGUGUAAUUACAUAAAUGUUGGUUUGCCACAGUCCAGCGACACAAUCACACAGAUGUACAGCAGCUUACAGACCUGUAUACAAGCAUACACACAUUUACACUUCCUGGAGGUUCCAUUAUUCAUCUUACGUUCCUCACUAGGUAGUGUACCUGUGUGUGUGCGCGCUUGUGUGUGUGGAAGAGACGGCAUAUGCUGAGACUAAUCCGGAAAUAAAGACUUAAACCGCUGUGAUCCAGAACACAUGCUUACAUUUCCAUCGCUUUAUAACGCCAUUUGGAAUCUAGCACAAGUGAGAAUCCAUUCAUAAGCUCAUUAUCUGAAUUUCAGAAGACACCAGUUUCAGGGUGACAUACGUUUUCAUUGUACGAUACCCAGAAAGGAGGCAGAGAAAAGGCCUUUCCAUGUGAAGACAUCUUUGUGUGCUGUUUUUUUACACUGUCAUCAGCAGACGUACUACGGUACCCGCCGCCAGCAAGCAAGCUCUUGUGCAUAUGUAAGUUUGAGAGAUAUCGAGCGUUUGUUUCCUUGUUAGUGCCAAAUGAAAGAGCGAUGUGUAAGGGCUAAUUCACUGGCAUUGGGUGUUGAUUUUGAUGUGCAGGGUGUCACCGAACGUGUCUGGAAAAGAAAUCCCAUUCCUUGGCUUUCGUUAUCUGACGUACUUUCAAAUGAACGGUGUAGGGUGACACUUUCUGUAUUGGGAAUCAGUCAUGUAGGCUCAUUUGAAUUUGAGUCAAGUCCAAGACCGGAGAGUUUUGAGUGCAGAUAAGCUGAAUCUGGAUUUGGUCUUGACUAGGACUCGAAUGAGCCGAUCAGAUUGGUGAACAGAGGAUUGAUUUGUGACGUUUGUCCUUGUGUUCCACUAAAAGAUUUCUUUAUUUGUGCAAUGAAUAAGGCCGGGAACGUGUAUUAGGAAAGGUCCAUUUUUAAGCUUUAUCGAGGCUUUGAAAUAUCCUGGGAUGUACAGCACAGAGUUUGUCCGAGCUGACCCAGACACACUUUCAAACAUUUUAGAUUUUUUAAAGGGAGAAUCCUGAAAAUGCUCAGAUUUUUCUGAACAAAGAUUUUGCAAUAUGACUUAAUCUAAUGUAAAGAUUUUCAAGUACUAUACAGUUUAUAGAUUGAAUCGGUGGUCUGUGGCGAAGGUUUAAGCAUCAGGGUUAUUUGUGGACCGAUGGAGCCAUACAACAACCAACUUCUAGAAGUCGCUGCUGACUACAUAAAGCAUUUUAUUGAUCAAGGUCUUCAUCCUUGAAUAGCUUUGAGUUGUGUAUUAACAAUGUGCAAUGUGCCAUUAAUGGAGUCGAGUACACAUGCGUGUAUCAUUGUUAUUGCUGCAUUAAACUUUAUUCCUUUAUUAAUUUCCAAUUCAUCAUUUUCUUUUUAUCAGGAUGAUGUCGUUAAAACAGAUUGAUCCUUUUCUUUCCCUAAAAGGAUGAAUUACGAUGGGAACCUUCAUAAAUCAAAUUACACUAAACUUGACAAAUUGGGCAAUUUGUUUCUGGAUUUAAUCUAGUUCUCCGCUUCCUAAUUAAUCUUUUUCAUUUAGGCAAACCUUCAUACAUACAUCAGCAAUCUGAGGACAUUAACCCCGAUAUCAGUCAACCGGUCCCUCAAAUGUCUGCCUGCUAUUCUUCAAAAUUAAAUUAUGGGAUAAACUCUGCAUUUUUUUUUCCUUUUCUUUUAUUGUUUCUCCCUACAGUACAAAAGAUGAUUGUGUUUGAAUAUCCAGCAUGGUUGCUUAGCAACAGCAUCAUUGCCAGGAAAUGCUCUUAAAAGCGUAUUGUAGCAUCUGACCGUCAUCUGCUGAUGGGGAACAUAGGUAAAUCAUAAUUACGUCAAUAUAAGGAACAGGUUAGUUAAUGUGAGGAACCUGUGUGGGCUCCGUGUCCUCAACAGUAGAAAAUCUAACCGAGAAAAACACGUUGAGAUUUGAAAAGAUGUAAGCUUAUCUUACAAAUGCAAAAAAAUCACAUGCAGUAGUUGUAUGCCAGAUUUGAACAUUUGAGCCUAUUGUGUGCAGUCAGAUGAUGCUGAAAUGACAAAAUAUAUCACGUCUGUGACCGUAGAGACAGGGACACGAUUCGAAGAGUAAACCCAGAUACCUCAGUUUCUAACAUCCUUGCAGUUUUUCUUCAAUUCUUUCUCUUGUUUCAAUGAAAAGGUUUGAUGUGUUGACAUGUUUCUAUUAAAAAAAUCUAAAGCAAAAGACUAAGUUAAUAAUUGGUUUUGACUUUAAAGCUAUCAGACAUCAUCUAAAAUCCACAUCGGUAUUGAUUUCAUGGCUUUUUCUAAUUGUUUCAAGUCAAAUCUGAUUCACAGACUGAAGCUUUAAUCGACUAGUCAUGUUUGAAUCUUUAUAUAUUUUAUGAACGUGACGUAGAAGGCUAAAGUCAUCAGGAGGUAAAUGAAUUUCUCUGCUUAGCGGGAUGUUUUUCUCUGUGUUUGUUUUUUCUUGCAUUGGUUUAUGAGAGUUCAUUUCAAAUUUGCCCGAAUUUUUCUAUUUCUGAUUUGGUAAAUACUUUGUGGUCGCUGUGUAUUUGAGCAAGACGUCAGAUCGUGUUAUGGACAUUAACUCUUUAUGUGGCGGGUCUCUGUUUCUUUCUUCAUCUCAUACUGACCCAUGUGUUCAUGUAUUGCCAUGUAUAUAAUCUAAAGAUGUAAAUAUUCUCUAUUUUUUGACGUACCAUUAGCAAAACACAGUUCUUCAGGAUAUGAGGCAGAAUUUUUGGAAAUAUGCAUUUCUCUUUCGGUCUCUUGAUUGGUAAAUCUCAUUGAAACAUGUCCAGGUCAGAUUUCACAUCAAAAUCAAAUAAAAAAGCCUUUUUAGGAACUUUUACAUUGUGACAUUGUCAUGACAGCUAACCACAUUUAAGUGCCAAAUUUCCAUUGAUGUUAUAAUGAGAAGUUAAACUUGUUUGUUUUUUUAUUUAUAUUUGUCUCAAUUUUGAUUCUUAUUAAAUGCCAAUUACUGAAAUACAUAAAAUAUCUUUUUAAAAAAAUUCAAAUCAACAUAAAGAUGACAAAUAGUACAAUAAAGCAUACUUUAUUUUAUAUAUAAUAUUAUGAAAUUACACUAAUAAGAAAUGUCAUGAAAAUGAUUUCACAAUGCAAAAUAAGGUUUAUUUUUAUUUUGACUUUGAUGUUUAAUGUCAUCCGGACAUGUUUGUGAUAGGUUAAUGCAUACGGUAUAUAUUUCUCUCUAACUGUAUUCCCCAGCGGAGAUCUCUCAUCAUCUCUUUUGCAUCUAAAACUACAGUACUGCUCCUGUAAUGGCUCUGUUUCAUUUAGCUCUGUUCUUUAUUUGUUUACUUAUUUAUUUGUACUGAAUAUUUUAUGUUUCUUUAGUUUUGUUUUUAUAUGUUGAUGCUGUGUAGGUCAGCUGUGGAGAGUAAGUCGACUGCCCAUCAGUUCUGGGUCAAAGGUUGUGGCAAAUGCUUAACUGUGCGUGUAAGCCUCUGCAGUACGCCAUUCACUACACAGAGACCAUCUUUACCAAUAAACAUGGACAUUUUGGCUUUA